AUGGGUACUUUUUUCUCCGCCCACCGACACAACCGGCAGCUCAUCAAUAUUGAGCUCGGUAUCAGCAUCACAGUCGACGCCAGGUCGAUCACGGUUGAGCGAGCCUGGGGAGCCUUCGUAGCUUUCCACGCUCUGGCUACGCUCCAUCCUUCGGACAGCCAAUGCUUGCCCUACACGCACUACCUCUGCCCUCUCUCCUUACCUCAUCUGCAUCCAACCUCGAUACCGACCAGGAUGCCGAAGAAAAAAGAUGCCGAGCUUGACAGUCUCGACAGCCACCUGGCCGACUUUCGGUCGGCGCCCAACGUACAGCUUCGAACACCCGACCAGAGGAAUACACAGCCUUCUAUGCAGACAACAACGACGAUCACCACUGUCAACCUGCCAACGCACGAUGGCCUGGGAACCUUUCAAUUAGGUGAUACUGUGGGCAUGAGUGCAGCUUUGCAAGAGCGUCUUUACGCGUUUGAACAGUUCAACCCCAGACGUGUGACCAAGCGGCGUCGGGAAAGCCCAGAACCAGUCCCACCACAGGUUGAGCAAGAGAUAUCAGAGGAGAUGCAGCGGAUACAACGGAUCGAGGAAUGGCGAUUGGACCAUAGCAGGGUGCUCCUGGAAGAGAUUCGGAAGCAGACACGGCGGCGGAGAGGAUCAGAACUGUCCUCGCGGCGGGGCCGAGUAGAAGAGGCAGCAACAGCGCCAGCAUCCGCCGCUAGCAUUGCCAGUGCUAGCGAUGCGGUGCUUGGCGAAGCAGAUGGCGAGUGGCAUGACCAGGAGGAUGAUGACCUUAUCCUGGGAAUGUCGGAAGAUGGUGAUGAACACGGCGAAGGGCUGUGGUCCCGGAUAACACGAAAGUUCAUGGUCGAAGUGAUGGGCAUCGAUGACGAAGUCCUCUCUAUUCUGCUCGGAGAAACCCUUCCGAAGACGGUCCAGCAAGAAGAGAGCAUUGACCCAUCACCAACACCGAGGGCGUCGGAUGCGGUGCUCGCUGCAUUCGACGCUGUGAGCAAGGAGGAAGCAGAAGGCGAUGACACAUCCUCAUCGUGGCGGUUGCGGAUGCUUGACCGAAUCGCAAAGGAACUGGGCCAUUUUGUUCAUCGGCAUAUGACCACACAUCCAGGUGCUUUCACGACCUAUCAGCGCGUGCAACAAAUGCCGCUUCCAUACGCCGGGCUGCCUGUGAUUCCGGAGGCAAUGACACCGCCCGACCGCGAGAGGCCUCAUGAUUAUGGGCGUAAGGUUGGUAAAGAAAGCCAACGAGGCGAUCCUGACGAAGUAGAUCAAGGUACUACGCCUCAUGCUACUGCAGCUACCGCGGCAACAACACCAUCGUUACCACACUUCCAACCGACUAUCCUGCAGGCACGGCCAACUGUCCCCGAAGGUCAACACUCUUCUGGGAGCGUGGCCACAUCCGGGCCCAGUGCGGCGGCCACACCGUCGCAGGCAGCUUCUUCGCAGACGUUCUCCCAAGAGGAAUGGGAGCAGGAUCUGGACAUCAAACUUGUCUUCCGGUACCUCCGGUCCCGCUUCACGUCAGAUGCGCCUCCGCCUACCAACAGCCUCCAACAUCAUCUGCACCACCAUCCGCUCGCGCUCAACAACAACAUCAGCAUGCAAGACGCGGCAGCCAAGGUAGCCCGCGUGCGGCUACACCACCCGCUUGUUGGGCGGAACACAAACCGCCAGGCAGGCGACCGGCGGCCGAUGCCGGCAUACCGCAACAUGAACAUGGGGGUGGUCGUGCCGACUAGUCCUAUCACGGGCCUGAGGCACCAACCCUCCUGCGCUAGCCAAAGCACGAGGCGGUCGGCACGCAGAAGCAGCAGCUUGUCAUCAUCACGUCACUAUUGGGAUAUCGGAGGCUCGAUUGGAACUGGAUCCAUGAUCGCGCCUGCGGCACCUAUGGGCAGUUGGGGCGAGGCGUGA